AAAAAAAAAAAAAAAAAAAAAAAAAAGAAAGGUUCAACUUUAUAGUGCUCCAAAUGGAGUGACUGCUUUCAUCCAAAUUGGCGGUCAUUUUGAUUUGUUUCCGAUUAAGAAAAAAAAAAAAAAGAUUGUCAACUCUAUCUUUACCUUUCUUUCUCUUUUUUUUCUUAAUUCUCGUGGUACAACAAUGUUGACAAAAAAACAUGCGUUGGACGAUGACUUUGAGUCACCUCGAAAUGUAGUGACGGAAAGUAAUGUGGACUAUUUAUCGUACAAGUUUGACGAAAUGGACCUAGCGGCUUCUUGGCGUGUGUUAACCAAACAAAAGUUAAAUAUUGUCAAUGGUAUUCGACUCGAGAAUGCUUCAUGGAGAACUUGGGCUAAACAACGCAACAAUUUAAAAACAGUCAGUCCAGAUACAUUAAAUUGGCUUAAAGAUAGUGACGUUACUUGGCUUUAUGGACCGUUACAUACUGUGAUUAAAGAGAUUGGAGAUACCGACCGAUACGCUAAACCUAAAGUAUCUACAACAGAAGAUACACUUGGAUUGAUGAUGAACCAAGCACCUGCACCCCCACUCUCGCCGUCACCACCACCCACAUCAUCGAAAAAGGAGGAAAAGAGACCAAUGGAGAAUAGUAAGCAAAGUAGACCUUCCGCUUCACCCCUUCAAGGACAUCAAAAGCCAUUAAAAUCAGCUCUCAAGAAAGUGACCAUGUCCGAUAUCUUGAAACGAUCCGCAUCCGAACUACAAAUCAAUAAGGAAGAUAGCAGUAAUAUCUCGAUAUCUGAGGCCAAUCAACAACUCGGUGCAUUUUCUCCUGCUGUCAUUGCCAGUCAUCGUCAGCCCAAAUUGAGAUUUAAUCAGUAUGUGGAACAAUGUGUGGCAUUGGGUACAGAUGAGACGAGUAAAAAAAAGGGUUCUCGUUUACGCAUGGUCGAUUUAAAUGAUGCGACAACAGAUACCAAUGAAGAGGACGAUACUUCCGAUAGCUAUGAACCAGGUGAUGAAUCAGAUGCUGGUAGUAUCAUGAUACAUAGGAAACCCAACAAAGUGCGGUCUUCUAUCAAGAAGAUUGAACCCGCCUUGUUAAAGACAAAUUCCCGUUCAGAUCCAGAUUUAUCCUCGUCCGAUGACGAUGAGGAUGAAAUGAUCAUUCCCACCAUCUCCAGUAGUCAUAAAAAACAUAGGUCCAACAAUACGAAUUAUCAGCAGCAUCAUGGUGACUGGGAUGCUGAAAGUGCCGAAUCCGAUGCGCUUUUAAAUCACAUUAUCAGUGUGUCCAAAGGCAAACAACCUGUGAGAAACAGAGGCGAUCAACAAGAUAUAAUAGCAGGAGAUGACACACCGAUACAAUGGGAAGAGCAGAUUACAGAGCACCAUGUACCGGGAAAGUCUGAUUACGAAUAUGAAUUUGAUGACGAUGAUUGGGAUACUAGUAGUGAACAUGUAGAAGAUGUGCCAUUUACUGCCAUAUCGGAAGAUCGAUAUGCAUCACCUUCUCCGCCACCACCUGUUGCUGCUGUACCUCAUAUCUAUCAAAAGGCUGCGGCUGUUGUGAAUGAACCUGUGCCACAUGUGAGACCUACCACAGAGAGAAGUUUGAGUAACACAAGUGCAACCGAAGAAUUACAACAAGAUAAUCGAAACAAUUCUCUCUUUAGUCAUAUCGCUCAUUGGGCAUCUUCUCAUCUUUGGCCUCCUUCCGAAGAAAAAUAGAUAAAACAACCUCUUGAUACAUUACCCGAUUUUUUUUUUCAUAUGUGAAUACACAUAGUUUACUCCUACAAAAAAAUAUACAUAUAUAUACAAUCUCUUUACUGCAUAAACAUAUAAACAACACAUUUCCUUAUUUGGCACAUAAAAAUAA